AGGCGCUGUGCGCGGCUCUAUUGUCUCGGCUCCGGGAGCCCUCGGGAAGCCCGGCUGGGGACGGCCGGGGACGCACCAGCACCAGCCCGACGCCCUUUACAGCCCUCGCGGCCCCAACGGAGCCAGACUCCCGCGGUGGGACUGCUGCUUGGCCCGGUCUGCCCGCCCGGUCUUCGUAUGCGGAGCGGCGCUUGGGCAGCCGCGCUCUCUUUCCGCCGCCGCCGCCUUCCGUAGGGCGGGACCCCCAGCUGUCCCCGCCGUGGAUGAGCCCGGGAGGCGCGGCGGGCCGCCCGUUGGGGCGCGGCGGCGGCGGCGGCUGCCGCUGCUGCACGGAGAGGCGGAGACGGGGAGCGCGGCCGCCGGUGGGGCUGGCCGCCGUUGCACGAUGCCGGGGGGCCUGAGCGCCUAGUGGCCCUCCCUGGCUGGCUGGCGGGCAUGGGGGGCAAGCAGAGCACGGCGGGCGCCACGGCGGCGGGGCGCUCGCGCGGAGGAGGCGGCGGCGGCGGAGGCCCCGUGGCCAGCGACGACAGCGCGGUGCCGCCGCCCGGGGGAGCCCCGCACUUCGGGCACUACCGCGGCGGAGGCAGCGGCGGCGGCGGAGGCGGUAGCAGCAGCGGAGGAAGCGGCGGCGGGAGCUCGGCGAUGGGGCUGCGCAGCCGCUCCGUCAGCUCCGUGGCCGGCGUGGGCGUGGGGAUGGGCGGCGUGGAGCCGGCUGGCGCCGGCAGCGUCCCCUUCGGCCUGUACGCGGCGGCGGCAGCGGCCGGCACCGGCACGACCACCCCGGCCACCCCCACGGCGGCGGCUUCCUCGGGCGACUCGGAGCGGGAUGCAGGCGGCGGGUCGGGCGCGGACUCCGCCCCCUACGGCCAUGGCAACGGUUACCAGGAGACGGGAGGCGGUCACCACAGAGACGGGAUGCUGUACCUGGGCUCCAGGGCCUCGCUGGCCGAUGCUCUACCUCUCCACCUCGGACCCCGGUGGUUCAGUUCGCACAGCGGUUUCAAGUGCCCCGUUUGCUCCAAAUCAGUGGCUUCCGAUGAAAUGGAAAUGCACUUUAUCAUGUGUCUGAGCAAGCCCCGUCUGUCCUACAACGACGACGUGCUCACCAAGGAUUCCGGCGAAUGUGUCAUUUGCCUAGAGGAACUCCUACAAGGAGACACGAUAGCCCGGCUGCCCUGCCUCUGCAUUUAUCACAAGAGCUGUAUAGAUUCCUGGUUUGAAGUCAACAGAUCCUGCCCAGAACACCCGUCAGAUUGACCACAGGAUCCCACCCGGACUUCUUUCCAGGUCAUCUCACCAUCCACCCUUCUUCCACACACCCACUCCCAACUUCCUCUAAACCAGCUCUGGGACAGCCCCUCCCUAAAGGCAGCCUGGGCCUUUUAGUGUUCAGUUCUGGACUUCAGAGGCAGGGAAGACCCCGCAACAAGCAACUGUCGCUCCGCGAGGCCAUACUUGGGGUACCGUCCUCCAGUCCAGGCAGGGGGACGAAGAAGAGGGCCUGGGGCAGGAGCCAGAGGCCGUGGGCCCCGCCACCCCACAGCAACGCCAUAAUGUUUGUUUGGACUAGAGCCGGCCACGAGCAAAAUGGAUCAAGGACUCUUCCUUCCUGCCCACAUGCAGGUUCCUUUUUGCACGGGGGGGGGGGGGGGAGGUGGUAGUUUACCCCUCCCUUUUUAUUUUCUUGGAACAACAAGGCCAUUUUCCCCCUCCCCUCCUGCCUCCCCCCCCACUCUCCCCAGCCUGGAGGAGGAGGAGAAUCAGGUGUUUUUUGUGGCAUUUUUCUGAAGGUGUUGUAAGUUUUCCUUUUCAAAUGUUUACAAAACAGCCACGUCGUGUCAACCAGCGUGCCAGGUGAUGUUUAUAAGGCUGCAUUCUCGGGCAGGUGGGGAGCAGAACUUCCAAGACCUUUUUUCUUUUCUCCUCCAUCAACAACCCCCCCCCCCAUUGCCAAAAGUCCUUUUACUCUUUCUUCCUCCCCCCACUCCCCUCUCGACCUCCGUGCUGGCUUCAGGGGCUGUUGCAAGUCUCCUGCAACAAGAUCAGUUUUCGGCCCUUUGUGGAGCGCAGGACUGGCCUUUUUCUUAAAGCAACACAAACAGAGGAUACAACACCCACCCACACACAAAGACACAGUCCUGCCCUGCCAGUCCACAAUUGAGCACGAAGCAAAGCCUGGCUGAGCCACAGGGUUGGGGAAUUGGGGUGGGGGAACCUCUGAUGGACGGUUUUGACCCGCAAGGAAAAAAAAAAGUAUCUGUAUUUAUAUAGGAAAAAAAACGAAAAAACGAAAACAAACUUUAAAAAUGACAAAAAGGAAAAAAAAAAUCAAAGCUUGGGAAGGUCAAACUUCCCCUAUUAGUCAAGUGUUUUGAUAUGGUAUUCAAUAAUGCUCAAUAAAAUAGUCACUGUUAUUUUAUUUCCAGGUAUUCUUAUUUGUCUUGAUGGAUUUGGGAUGCGAGGGGACGACUGAGCAUUUGGUGGGUUUACCACCCCUCUUUUUAAACUUGGAAAUGGGAGUCCCUUGAAGUGGACAUGUAUGGGGGAUGUAGCAAUGUUUGUGAGCAGUGUUCUGGUUAAGCCACAAUCUGAAAACAGGGUGGUUGUUUUUUUUUAAAAAAAAGGAAAUAAUCUACCGUAUUUUUCAGA